GAAAAGCGGCGUAUUCUUUGACAGAAACGUUGAUCCCGGUCCAACUGAUUUCUUUUGUCUUUUUCAGUUGCUUUUUAUUCGAUUUGUUCAUAAUUUUUGUUUGUGCAAUACACGGAAAUAAAUAAGUUUGCCAUGUCGACUUCAGAAGAAGAUGUUAGCAAUUCAAGUGAAUCAGGUUCAGAUGACAGUUUCAUAGAUGAUGGCAGCAGCGAGGAGGAAAGUGAGCAAGGUUCGAGUGAUGGCAGUGACGGAGUUCCUAUUAGAGUUUCAAAGGUGAAGAAGAAAACCAGGACUAGGAUCAUAGAUUCAGAUGAGGCGGAGGAGGAUGAGCGGGAAGAUCUGAAUAAUAGCCAAAAAUCUAGUGGUGAUGUUACCCAAAACAGGACUGGUGAGAGUAGUAGAAUAAUGGAGAGUGAUGCAAGCGCAGGACAGAGUAUGAUUGUUGCAUCUAAUUCAAAAAAAGGGAAGAGCAAGAAGAAAGUGAUUGAUUCUGAUGAAGAGGAAGAAUCAGCUAUAUUUGAGGACAGUAAUCCUAUUAAAACAAGAACCGGAAGAAAUGUACUUGAUUCAGAUGAAGAGGAAACUGAAAUGUUUGCUAGUAGUAGUUCAAUGAACACAUCUAGUCCAAUUAACGCGAGCAGCAAGAAACCUGUUGAUUCUGAAGGAGAAGAGACACAAAUGUUGAGCGGAAAUAGUAAUGUAAAUGAUUGUUCCGAUGGGGCUGUCAUUGAAGAUAGCACAGAGAUUAAAAAUAAUCAAGAAAGUGUUAGUUCGAAAAGUGUGAAUCAUAGUAAAUCAGUGAAUAAGUCAAAUUCCAGUGGAAAGGGAAAACCCGAGUAUUUUCAGUCACAUGAAUCUCAGGAGGAAGAUGAUAGUGAAGCGAGUUUGCAUACGAUUGAAGACAAGGAAUCUCCAAUAAAAGAACCGACUUCGCCGUUUAAUCCGAGAACGACGCACAGGAGCACUGCUUUCGGGGAUUUAAGGAAUUUCGGAACACCUCAGCGAAAACCGCCUUUGGUGGUCGACUUCCAUACACCAAGGGGACAGCCAAAGUCGCCAGAUCAAAGCCGGAGUCCUAGUCCCAGUUCCAGCGUGGAAAUUAUCGAAGCCAGCGAGGAGGAAAUUAUAAUUAGUGAUGAUGAUCAAGCCGUCGGCCCUUCGAAUAAGGAGAACCACAUGCCGUUUGUGGUUAAAGUGGAGAAGCCUAGUAAAGUGUCGGUGAAUCGAGCUGAAUAUCAGGUUCAGAAAGAGAAAGUUAGCAAAAUGAUGGCGGAUGUCUUAAGGAAUAAGAACGUCUUGAAAACAUUGAAUCUGAAUUCGUUGCCGGAUAAUGGACAAUUGCUGAAACAUCGUCAAGCGAAUCUGGAGAAGAUGUUGGCCGAGGCUGAGGAUGAGCUCAAAAACAUGGUCGUUGAUAAACCAGAACCUGCUCCUAUACAGACCAUGGCGAAACCGUCUUCGUGGCAGGAGUUGGAUAAAUUCUCGGGUGCCGUCCAGCCGAGGACUUUCGGUAAGCAAGCCAUGGCCACGUACAAUCAGCAAAAGGCUCUGACCAUGGACCGUCUGAAACAGCUGCACGGUUCGCUGAAGAACUGCCCAAGCGAGGAUAAUUUCGAGGAGGAUCCCAGAGGUCUCCUUGUAGAGCUGAUGCCGCAUCAGAAGCACGCGCUCGGCUGGUUGAUGUGGCGCGAGCGGCAGAAGCCGUCCGGCGGCAUAUUGGCAGAUGACAUGGGUUUGGGAAAAACGCUGACGAUGAUUUCAUUGAUGUUGAAAUUCAUGCAGACAAAUAAGGAGAAUGAAGCCGAUGACGAGGGUGAUGCAGAAAACGGCGAGGAACAUGAUGACGAGGAGGAGGACGAGGGUAGUCGCAAGAAGUACAAGUACGAUGGCGGAACGUUGAUCGUGUGUCCGGCCAGUUUGAUUGGUCAGUGGGCGGGGGAAGUUGAGAAACGCCUGAAGAGGGCGUUGCUCUCGGUGGAGCGGUACCAUGGCGCCAAUCGCGAGAAGAAGGCUAAAACCCUAUCGCAGUACGACAUGGUAAUCACUACCUAUUCCAUUGUAAUGAACGAGGCCGAGAAGCAGACGCCGUUGAAUCGCAUCAAGUGGCGCCGCAUCAUCUUGGACGAGGCCCACCAGAUCCGUAAUCACAAGUCGCAAACCUCGAUGGCCGUCUGCAAACUCGGCGCUAAAUCCAGAUGGGCCUUAACCGGAACGCCCAUACACAACAAGGAAUUGGAUCUGUAUUCGCUGCUGAAGUUCAUCAGGGUCUCCCCGUUCGAUGAUUUUGUGGUCUUCAAACGGUGGGUGUCGGAUAAGAACGCCGGAGGACAGGAACGUCUUAAUACCGUGAUGUCCUCUUUGAUGUUGCGCCGAACGAAAGCCCAGCUGCAGACGAAGGGCUCACUCAAGUGCCUUCCCGAACGUCAAUGGGACCUGAUCAAGAUCACUCUUGAUAAGGAGGAGAUGGACGUGUAUCAGAAAGUAUUGAUAUUUUCGAGGACGCUGUUCUCGCAAUUCCUGCAUCAGCGCGCCGAGAAAGAUCAGAACUUCGCUGCCGAAAAUCCCACUUUUACAACUAAACACGAUCCAAAUGGCGAAUAUUCGAAAAUGCACAGGAAAUUGCUGCAGAUGAACCGCGUGAAAGAAGUGAAGCAGCACGAAAUUUUGGUGCUUCUACUGCGACUCCGUCAAAUCUGCUGUCAUCCAUCUCUUAUCAACGAUAUGUUGAAUUCCACUGAAAUGGAUGUAGGUGACGAUGUGAACGACAACGAAGAGCUGGCCAUCAAUAUCCUGGAUCAGUUGAACAAAUUGAAUUUGAACGAUGACGAUAAGGAGGACUACAAUCCUGCACAGGGAAUCUCCAAUGAGGGAGUGACUUUGCGCGAAGCGACGCGCGGCGUCCUCAAUCCUAACCAUCCGAUCUUCACGAAGACGCGACGCAGUUCGAAGCUGCAGAAGGUCAUCAAUAUUUUAAAGGAGAACGUGCUGGACAACGACGACAAGGCGAUCAUCGUCUCUCAGUGGACGGGAUUGCUGAACCUGUUGGCGACCCACUUGUCCGAAGAAGGCAUCUCCUACGAUCAGCUGGACGGUAAAAUUCCUGUUCACAAGAGACCCGCCAUCAUCGACAACAUUAACAAUCCGAAAUCGAAAACCAAGGUGCUAUUAUUAUCGUUAACUGCUGGCGGAGUCGGCCUCAAUUUGGUCGGGGCCAAUCAUCUGUUCCUGCUCGAUUUGCAUUGGAAUCCUCAGCUGGAAAUGCAAGCUCAGGACCGGAUAUACCGAGUGGGUCAGAAGAAAACUGUUCACGUUUACAAAUUUAUGACUGCGGAUACAAUCGAAGAACGAAUCAAGAAACUGCAGGAUCACAAGAUGAACAUCGCGGAGGCUAUGCUCACCGGUGCCAAGAUACAACAAUCGAAAUUGAGCUUGGACGAUCUGAAAAUGUUAUUCAACAUGUAAUUUAAUCAUUUCCUCAA